UAGUUAUCCCUUGCAUCCGCCUUCCUUGAGUGUGCCCGCGGUCUCUGCAGCGCCUCGACAACAAAGUGAACAAACAACAACAACCCAGUGACCCACCAUCCACCAACAAGCAUCUGUGCAGUAGUGAGUGUUGAACAGCACCUCAGACUGCAACAUGUGGCGCCGGCCUGCCCUCCUGGCGCUGUACCUGGUCCUGGUGGUGGCCAUCACCUGGCUGGUGGAGCUGGGCCACUGGUGGGAGACAGGCCACACCACAUUCCAGCUUGUGAACCCCUUGAGGAACUUGUCUGUGGCUCAGAUUCGCCGUCUGCUGGAUGCACGGGGCUUGCAGUAUGCCGGUGUGCUGGAGAAGCGGGAAAUCGUUGGCCUUCUGCAGCAGUCAGGUAAUGUCCAGUAUGGGGAACUGCAAGGCCAGCCACAGAACACAGAGGUGAAGCCCAUGCUGGAGCUGUCCAGAAAGGAGGACUUUUAUGAGCAGAUAUAUGAUGAGAACGAGACAGUCUGGGUGGUGGAAGUGGUGCCAGCUGAGGGUCAGUAUGCUGGCCACCGCAUCCUGGACGACCGCACCUGGCACGCUCUCAUGCCACGCCUACAGACGCUUCAGGUGGACGGCGCUGUGCUUGCCUGCCAGUACGACCGCAGGUUCUGUGCUCGCCAAGGAUGGACCCUCCCACAGCUGCUGCUAAUUCUGCCACCUGAAAGGGACACGUCUGAACAGAGCCUCGCAAAGUUGUCUGGUCGUGAACACAUCACUUUUGUAUCCACAACCCAGUUGUCAGCUAACUCAGUCCUCUCAUGGCUUCAUGGGAGAAUACUGUCUAGGGUGGAACCCAUCCAGGAUAUGAAACAAUUGGAGGAGGUGUGGCUGAACACAACGCACGUUCAGGAGAAGAAGAUUCCUCACAUGGUGUACAUCUCAGAGCUCCUGAAUCCCCCUCUACUGAUUGCUGCUUUGGGCCUGCGCUUCUCAACACGUAUCAAACUGGCAUCCUUCACUGUAAAGAAGGAAGAGAAAGAGCAGGUGUCUCGGCUGCUGAAGCGAUCAGGAAUCAGCGGUGUGCCCAGCCUGGUUACAGUCACCUCUGAAGGCAUGGCUCCCUAUGGGGCCCAGAGGGGAGAAACACUUACACGGCCAGCACUCAGCCUUUACAUCUGUGCCCUGCAGCCACACUUGAAUGAUGCAUUCCUGGUAUCUCUGGCAGUGGCAAAUCUGCUGGCUGCUGCUGAUUUCUUUUACUUUUUGGAUGGGCGAGUGCGAGUGUGGCGUCAUGUAGGUGCCAGCUUUACAAGAGCUGCCUUCAACAAUGCUGGGGUAAUGCUACUGUGGUUGGCUGUCACUGCUUUGCUUCGGCCUGCUUCUGUCCGAGCUGCACUGCCCUCCACUGCCUGGCUGGCCACUGCUUUUAGUGCUACGCGUGUGUCCUCCUUCAUCCGCUACCACUGGCUCAUGGUUCAGAGCCACCCUGCCAUCUUCUGGGUGUCAGCAGCAAUGUUUGGUUUCAUCAUCUUAGCUUGGAGGAAUCUUUUGGGGAGACGGAAUGCAGAGCAAGAAGAGCCUGAAGGUGGCUGGUGGAGCUCCUUCCCAGUGGAUAAUUACUUAGUAGAUGUACUUUUCCGUCCAAUGACCUCACUGUCACGGCCACGUCCUUCACAAGACCUGGGCCUGGAGGAGGGCAUGGAACGCCUAAUUGAGCGACUGGCCACACCUGACUUGUGGCUUCACCCAGUCAUCCCCACAGACUACAUGAAAGAGCUGCCCAUGUGGAGAUAUGAUGGGUGGGGGAAUGAAGAUGAUCUCAAAUCAGAGAGUGAGACAGAUGUAGACAGUGUAAGUGAAAAUGAGAGUGAUACCCUGCUGGAUUCGCACACUUGCUGCCAUGAUGAAGAGUGCCGCCUUUGUUCACUGUGGGCCUCCGUCAAGGAGGUUCAUGUGUGCCACCGCUGUGCCAUCCUCAAGCGAAAACUUGAGCGUCGACACUUGCGGCGACGUGCCAUGGAGCAGACAGACCACAGUGCUGCCACACAUGAAAAGUUGCAGAGGGUAUAUGAGAAUUGCUGCAAGACGCGGCAGAAGCAGCCAACACCAGUUAACUGUGCAAGGCAGGGCAGAAGCAAAGGCCCAAGCUGGCUCCUCUCACCCCAGCGGUUAACAGAGCUCAAAUGGACUGCACCUCCACAUGCCAUUGAGAGUCGCAUCUGUGCCAUCUGCCUGGGAAGGUAUGGAUGGGCAGCAGUGUUGUGUGGGUUGCCGUGUGGACACAAUUAUCACCACGCAUGUAUAACUGAAUGGUUGCUCAAGGACAACCACCAUUGCCCCACCUGCCGCUGGCCUUCAUAUAAAGCUAAGUCCAUGCUUGUCUCCGCACGGGAACACCAGGACUAGUGGAUGCUCCUUCCUCCUACUAAGAUUCCACCCUAAUGUAUGUAGUGUCUGAUACACUCUACAGCAGCUGGAUUCUAAGUGUUGAUCUUGCAGCAAGUGGUUGUGGGGGAUUUUACAUUGUGAUCAUUACGCACUUGUUUUUUAAGCUGUGAUGAAAAAAUGGUGGUCAAUGUGGGCUACAAAAGCUUUAUAACUGCCAAAAAUACUUGUUCACCAUUCAGUUUAGAAAAUGGUGUGAGUGUACUAACUCUAACAUAAAGAUAAGUGAAUGAAUGACAAAGGUCUCCACUGUAACAAAUAACAAAACAAAAAAUCCAUAGAAGAUAACCAUUUGAAAAAGAAAGUUUUAAAUUAGUGCUGAUUAGCAAUAAGCCACAGUUAGAACAAUUAACAAGAAGAUAAUUUACCAAGGUGCCAUUGAGCUGACAUUCAGAUGACAGGCACUCAUAAUGACUGAUGUGUGCUGUUAGGAUUAAGGGAUGAUGUGUUUGUCGGAAUCAUGAGUGUUGCCAGGGGUUGCCACAUUAGUCCUUUGGCUGUCAGAGUAAAGGGCAUAAUGUACAAAAUGCUCACAGUGGACUCACACUAUACCUGCAGCUUUAAUUUCACAAGUAAUGUUAAGUACUGCUUACUCUUGAAUUUCCUUAGAAACUUGUAACAACGAAUUUGUUAGAAUUAGAAAGUAAAUAGAUGCCUGCAGCCAAUGAAUCACAGGUUUGAGGGAGGGACACACAUUAUUUGGUUCUCAAGUGUGCAUCUUUUUUUUAAUUGGCCAAAGAUAUUCAGUUAUAAUAGUAUGUAUGGAGACACCUCUAUAUGUCUGGUGUGCAAAUUACAAAUGCUACAAGGUCUGUUUUCCUAGUCCGUGAGUGGCAGCAAGCCAAGAAGAGAAGUAUUAUGAGUAGUGUUAACUUUUAUGUGAUCUGUAUCCUUGGUAUUUUGAAUGUGGAAGAAAAUAAAGUAACAUAUGAUGGCA